CUCCUCUCCUCUCCGCUCCUCUCCUCGUUAGCCUCUUUGCCGCUCUCAGCGUGGCCCAAACUCAUUCUCGCACACUUCUCCUGAUCAUCGACAGCCGUACUCCAGCAAAGCCAUAUAUGCACGCGAUUCACGAGUCAACCUGAUUUCAUUCCUUCAGCACUCGUCAUCUAUUAGCGGCAGACUUCAAAUUCCCCACGAUGGUCCGUGUCCGUCCGGGCGGAACGGUCUGUGCAGACGCAUCUAGAGGCCCACGAUCGCCGCAGUCCGCAUCGCCGUCCGCUUGUCUGCAUCUAGGGUGACAGAGAUCGCUCCCAGCGUUGCUCGCAAGAUCGCGCGGUGCGCCUUCGCGAACCACUUCACGCGUCACCCGCACCGAGGGCGAGUCGGCUCUCACCGAUUCUCCGUCUGCCCUCGGUCACAUCGAAAGCCUGUGUAGCGAUAGUCGAGCAUGUCACUCAAGGCAGAAAUCGAAACGUGGGUCGCUGCGCUGGACGCACACGAUCAGCAAGACUACGAUGCCUCGCUUGAUCAUUUUGCUACCAUUGCGGUAUCGAGCAAGAUUCUGUUCAAUAUUGGGAUCAUACAUGCUGCUUUAGGCGCCCAUGACGACGCAAUCGCAUACUUUAACCGGUCUAUCAAGCUCGAUCCGUACCUAGCAAUAUCCUACUAUCAGGCCGGCGUCUCACACUUCUUGCUCGGUCGCUACGAUGCAGCAUGUGUCGAGUUCGAUCUAGCUUACAAGUAUCUGCGACAUAAUUCCACGGUUGACUACACCCAACUCGGUCUUCAAUUCCGUCUAUGCAGCUGCGAGGUACUUUUCAACACUGCGCUCUGUCUUCUAGCUACUCGUCGAGAGCAAGAAGGCAUGGGAAUGCUCAGAAAGGCAGCAAUGGAAAAGCAGACGGAUGACCAUGCCGUCAUCGAUGAGGCCAUCUCGGACGGAGCAGACGGCUAUACAGUCUUCAGCGUACCUGUAGGAGUACUCUUUCGACCGCCGGAAGCGAAAGUAAAGAAUCUGCAAACUCGAGAUUAUCUUGGCAAAUCGAAGCUCGUCGUCGCCUCUCGCAAUUCAGACGCGUUCGUUGGAUUCUCGGGCGUUCAAAAGCUAGCGCAGCUCGGUGGCUUAAGCGACUUGCCGGUCAGCGAACCACCAAAGAUAUCGAUAUCAUCCGGACCUUUCGCCGAGCCCCAGAAAGAGUACAUCGAUACGCCUAUCGAGCGGCCCUUUGAACGACGCCAGGAGCCUCUCGCUUCCAGUCUGCAAAGACGACCGACGAACAACACAGAGAGUGUUACUGUACCGUCGAGGGAGCGAUUGCCUAUCGUCAAGCCGCUCACCAUCUCACGACCAGGCUCAAGCUCGUCUCUCGCGCGUUCCAGCGAAGCUUCCAGACCGCCCGUCCGAACGCGCUCACGGGGCCAAGGCUCAGAACCCUCGAUAUCUGAGAGUGACCUCAUCGACUCGUAUCAAAACGAUAGCGGCAUGGUGGCGCCCUCGGACACUCCGCCUAUUAAUCGCAUCGAAGAAUGGGCGCAGACGAGCGGGCGCGGCCAAUUCCAAGACAGCGAUAGUGGCUACAGCUCGGUUGGCUCGAAGACCCAGCCUCGGCCGUCCCUAGCAGUCAUGACAGAUCUCAGUCCUCCCAAUCGAUCACGGAUGGGGCUCUCUGCUGGCCCGUCUGACGGCCGUCGCGGUCAGGACCUAUUCGAGGAUAUAGACGGCCAAUCUCAGUUCGGUGGAGCCAGCGCGGUUUCGGCCAAUAUGAGCCGCAUCCGUCUCAAGCUGCAAUAUCGCAAGACAACGCGCGGCAUGAGCAUCGACUCUUACACGGACCUUGGCGAGAUUCGCAAACAGCUUCUGCACAAGUUUCAGUCGGGUCCACUUGCGCUGCGCUACCAAGACGAAGAUGGGGACGAGAUCGCGAUCGAGGAUGAGAGCGAUUGGGAGAGUGCGAUUGAUGCGGCAAGAGAGUUCGCGCAAGGUCGACCGGAGGGCAAGCUCAAGCUUUACUUAGAAGAUCAGCGUGGAUCGUAGAUAAUGCAUGUACAUGUACAAAGUGAUUGCGACAUGCAAAGACUAUUAAGGGCCA